CUAUCAUCGAUCUGAACCCAUCGAGUGCCGUUCUGAAGCUUUAUUUUGGUAUCAUCAGUGACAUGGCGGAGGUUCAACGCACAUCGAGUGAAACGAUAACCGAGACCGUUCAGACGGGGACACCGCCUCCACCCCAGCAGGAGGGCAGAAGCCUGACCAUCAAGCUCAGGAAAAGGAAGACGGAUAAGAAAGUCGAGUGGUCCAGUGACACAGUGGACAAUGAACAUCUGGGCAGGAGGUCUUCAAAGUGUUGCUGCGUUUAUGAAAAGCCUCGACAGUUUGGCGAGUCGUCUUCAGAAAGUGAGGGAGAUGAUGAUGAGGAAGGCUGUGGAAGUGCGCACUGCAUUCUGGGACACGGGAGAAGAGGCCAUGGACAGAAUGAGGGAGGGGCGUCAUCAGUCCCCCCCAGCUCAGGGGGAAAAAACCCUCACUAAUGAUUUAAGGAAACAUGAGAGUGUGUUUGGAGGGUAAUGGGCAGCGUGGGCACUACAUUUAUAAUCCUUCAUCACCACUCGCACUCGGUUACGUUGCACCAUCACUGGGUGUCAAAAGCUUUUAAUACAUGAAAGCUUAUAGGUAAUUUUUAAUGUGAUUGGUUUUCUCUGCGGUCAUUAAUGUGAUGACCAAAGCGAAGACUGCGUUCAUUUGCGAUCUAUAUACAUUUGAUUGUACAUAUCAGUUUUAUUUCUUUUUGUAAAAUCUGUAUUUAUUUAGUUAUCUUAAUAAGUCCACGAAAAGUGUUUGUUUUAAAGGCACAUUUAAUAAAGAAACAUAACAGGUCCUGAGAUGUAAUAAAAUCAGAUUUGAGGUCAUAUCUUCAAUGCAUUCUAUAGUUUAAAAAACAAAUUUGCCCACAUGCAGUUUAAAAAUGAAUUUAUAUGAAAUAUAAUUUGCUUUGUAUUGUCACAUUUGUGCUUCACAUCACUUGAUCACAUGGGAACUUAAACAUAUGUGUUGUGUGCUGUAAUGAAUACUUGCGAUAGAAAAGAUCAAUCCCUUCUGAUUUUUUUUACAACCAUGCAUUAAAUAACCAAACACAUUUGAAUUAUAAUGAGAUAACUGAUGCCUUUCAGACAAUCAGACAUCUGACAUAAAACUAAUAAUAGACUCUGUGUGUACAUUGUGAGCUGCAGUGUGUCGUGAAAAGAAAAGAUAUAGCAACGUACACACUACUGGAUUUGGUGUAUGCAUCAUUCAUUUUCACUCCUUACACUAAAUACAGGGAAUACAUGUGUCAGUGUCGGCAUGUGUGUAAAGAUCACCCUGUUAAAACAUAAACCGUCUCAUCUCAUACUGGCUGUCAUGCUGCUUUCAUCCAGCAGAACUGGGAAAGGUUAUGUUGUCAGUAAGGCGAUUUACUCGAUUUAAGCUGUAAAUAAGGUGUGCCAUGUUUUAUAAAGAGAAAAUGAGAGUGCAUGGCCGAGACCAAAACAUCUCUGAGGUCAGUCAAACUUUACAGUUCAUAGGACUUUCAAAUACAAUACAACUGUAUUCCAUCAUUCAUACGCAUCUGUCGACCCUUUACGGUGAACGCACCUGUAUGUACAUAGCAAAGGUCACAGAGAGGAUUUAACAUGAAUAAACAGAUGUUAAAUUAUGUUGUUUAUAUCUAUUAAAUGCGCAAACGAUGGCAACCUG